UACACGAUACAAAUAGUCUGAUCUCUCUACCGCCGAGAAAGGUCAAGAAUGGCUAAAUGGUUAUCCUAUCUCAGAGAGAGAAUCGAAAGUCAAAUAAGUUAGUAGUAUAUAAUACGAAGCUAAGUAUUAUGUCUUAGUGACCGGACCUUGAGCUAGAACCUCUUUAAGCGAUGUAAGUUUCAAAUUCAGUUUUAAGGUUGCUUGGCCUUUAGGUAUAAAUUUUUUUUAAUAAUUUUUGUAAGCUUGUAAAAUUUUAUGAUGUUUUCAAUUACACAUCAUGUUUUUUUGAAAGAACUCAGCUCGUCACAUUCACCAUAGGUCAGCUAUGUUGCCUAUGUAUAAUGUAUUCCCAAGUGGCACCAUAUAAGAAAGUUAUAAAUAAAACCAAUGCAAAUAAAAUCGCUACUUCACAAAUGCAUGCAUUAUUAUUUUCUAUAAGUAGGGUUAUUCUUGCUUCAAUCACUAUAAGUAUCCCCUAUUGAAUUCAACUUGAAAAAUAUAAACCCUCAAAAAAAAAAAAAAAAAAAACAAAAAAAAAGUUAUUUCCAUUUUUAGCUUGAACACCAAUGGAGGCACCAUCUUUGGCCGUUAAUGUGCUUGCAUGGCUGGCGGCCAUAGCCAUAGUACUCCUUACCAACCACCUUCGCCGUCGUAAACUUAACCUACCACCAGGCCCAAAACCAUGGCCUAUCAUUGGGAACUUUAACCUUAUUGGAUCCCUUCCUCACCACUCCAUCCAUGAGCUCUCAAAAAAAUAUGGACCUAUAAUGAUGCUCCAUUUUGGGUCAGUUCCAGUGCUAGUAGGCUCAUCAGUAGAAAUGGCGAAAAAUUUCCUUAAAACACAUGAUGAAGCAUUUGCCGGAAGGCCUAAAAAUGCUGCCGGAAAGUACACAACUUAUAACUAUACCGAUAUAACAUGGUCUCAAUAUGGCCCUUAUUGGCGCCAAGCACGAAAAAUAUGCUUGAUGGAACUAUUUAGCUCCAAGAGACUCGAACUGUAUGAGUAUAUACGCGUAGAAGAACUUAAUUCCAUGUUAAGAAAUAUAUUUAACACUAAUGGAGAACCCAUUGUGCUAAGAGAUCACUUAUCUACUAUGAACCUAAAUGUGAUUAGUAGGAUGGUGUUAGGUAAAAAAUACUUGGAUAAAAAUAAUGAAGAAAAAUCGGUCUUAACAUUAGAGGAAUUUAAGUUAAUGCUUGAUGAAUUAUUCUUGUUAAAUGGGGUAUUAAAUCUUGGAGAUUGGAUACCUUGUUUAAAGUACAUGGAUGUACAAGGUUAUGUGAAGAGAAUGAAAAUUUUGGCUAAGAAAUUUGAUAGAUUUUUGGAGCAUGUGUUGGAUGAACAUAAUGAUAGAAGGGAAAAAGAGAAGGAAAGUUGGGUGGCUAAAGAUAUGGUGGAUGUUUUAUUACAAGUUGCUGAUGAUCCUACAAAUGAAGUUAAGCUUGAAAGAAUUGGAGUCAAGGCCUUUAGUCAGGAUUUAAUUGCGGGAGGCACUGAAAGUUCAUCAAUAACCGUUGAAUGGGCAAUUUCUGAACUCAUACGAAAACCAGACAUCAUAGCCAAGGCAAGAGAAGAGAUUGAUCGUGUCAUAGGAAAGGAAAGAUGGGUUCAAGAAAAAGAUAUACAAAACUUGCCUUACAUUUGCGCAAUAGUAAAGGAAACAAUGAGACUGCACCCGGUAGCACCUUUGCUAUCGCCUCGCCUAGCGAGGGAGCAAGUUAAAAUUAAAGGUUAUGAUGUCCCUAAGGGUUCUGUUGUGCUUGUAAAUAUCUUUUCUAUACAUAGAGACCCUGAGGUGUAUGAAAGGCCUAACGAGUUUUGGCCGGAUAGAUUUAUUGGAAAGAGUAUUGAUGUCAAAGGUCGCGAUUUUGAGUUGUUGCCUUUUGGAUCAGGAAGAAGGAUGUGCCCUGGGUAUAGCCUUGGCCUUAAGGUUAUUGAGACGAGUUUGGCUAAUCUUCUUCAUGGUUUUGCAUGGAAAUUGCCUGAUAGUAUGAAGCCUCAAGAUUUGGAUAUGGAAGAGAUUUUUGGUCUCUCAAAUCCUAAGAAGAUUCCUCUUAGUGUUUGUGCUGAGCCUCAACUUUCUCACCAUAUGACUUAGAAUAUAAGCAAGUACCAAGUACUACCUCCGGUCCAAAGUACUCGCAAUUUUAGGGUAUUAUUUCGGUCCAAAUUACUCGCAAUUUUAGGGUAUUAUUUGUGAAGUAUAAAAUAUUUAAAAGUUGCGAGUAAUUUGAACUGGAUGUAGUAUAUAUAAAUUAGUGCUAGGAAUCAAACAAUUUAGCUCACAAACGAAAGUAUGUGGUGGUGGGGACAUUAUUUUGUGAAGUUAAGUUGAACUUGUUUUCUUUGUUGUUAGCAAGUUGCUUGUGAUAUGUUUUAUAAUAAUCAACAAAU